AUGGUUAAUAAGUCGAGGAAGUGGCUGGAGAAGUAUUACUCACCUAGCCGGUGGAAUAAGCGCAUGGGAGCAGAUAAAGUGGUUCAGCAUCAUGUGAAAGUUUGCAGUGAAUGCAGUGAAGAAACAAAACAAAGUUUGAAUGUUGAACUGAGCGUGCUGUAUGGGGAAGGCAAAGCCAAGAUGGAUGUAUUUUAUACCUCACUAAAUGACCAUGACAAUGCUCCAGUCAUUGUUUUUAUUCAUGGUGGUUACUGGCAGCAAGGUAGUAAAGAUAUGUACAGUUUCGUUGGUAAUUCCUGGACAAAAGCUGGAUGUAUUGCAGUGGUUUUGGGUUAUAAUCUUGCACCAGAGGCCAGUGUGGAACAGAUCAUCACUGAAAUCCAAGCUGCACUAGAGUAUAUUGUUGGCAAGUUUCCUAAAUCAAAACUGUUUUUAUGUGGACAUUCUGCUGGUGCACACUUGUCUGCCAUGAUGGCACUUGCAAAUUGGGACAAGGAUGGGUUAGUUUCACAAGCUGUUCAUGGCAUGUUUUUGCUGUCUGGGAUUUUUGACUUGGUUCCCUUGGUUAACACUAGUGAUAAUGAUGCAUUAAAAUUGGACGCAGACUCCGCUGCAAAAAUUAGUCCCCAAACAAUUCUUCAGAAAGCAUCUCCCACAAUCCGCUGUCCUACACUGGUUGUAGUUGAAGAGCAUGGAUCUCCAGAGUUCAUUCGACAGUCAAAAGAAUUUCAUGAGAUCUUAAAGUCACAUGGUGUACAAAGUUCCUUUUUACAGCUUUCUGGAGUCGAUCAUUUUAAUUUAAUUGAAAACAUGGCUGAUCCUGAAGAUCAACUUUGCAAAGAAAUUUUAAAAGUUGUCCUCAAACAAUCUUAA